GUCACUAAGUAGCUUAGAAAUGUCUGUUUAAACGGACCUGGUAAUUCGUAGCACCUGGCUGCGAGUGAAAGGACAUUCAAUGAGAAAGGAUUGCUUGUUCCUUUAGCUCGGGUUACGGUUAUCGUAAUUCGGUUGAGCGUAGCAGACAGAAGACCCAGUGGAUCUUUACUUUUGCUAACUUGUUCCAUGCAACCGGUUUUCAACAUGUUGCACCCGUGUCGAAAAUACCUUCGCUUUCGGGUAAGGUUACGAGCAUCUCGAAUGCCACCGAUCGUUGUUCACGGCAAUUUUGUUCUUCUCUUCGAUCGUAAAAAUUAUUUUCAGAGAAUUGGUCGUUUUUCAGGAGGAAUGGGAAAGCUUUCUCGAUGAAAAGAAAAAAAAGGUAAAGAAAUGGGAGAAGAAGUAGAAUUGUUUAAGAGAUUUUCGUGCACUCGAUGCAGCUGGCGGAUCGAACACCUGGUCAGAGUGAAAGGACACGAGUGGAAACGUCAUGAAACGUGCCGCAAUAUCGUGACGAUUAGCGUUGGCAUGGUACCAACUGGAAUGUCAUUUAUAAAGCGACAUUUGGUAACUAUUCCUAGCAGUUGCAAUGUUGUGCAGUGGUGGCAUCGCUCGCGCGAUAAAUUCAAGGGCGGUAAUACCUCUCCAGGUAGUAAACGUCCGAUAAUAAAAUUACCUCUGUUCCUUCAUUGUUGUUCGAAAAGGCUCGUUACCGUUAUGUUGUUAAGUGAAAGUGCAAUUUGUCCUAGGGAUGGUCAGAUGGAACGAUAAAAUAAAAUUCCUUUCCAUUUUGACCUUGCAAGCUUUGCUCGACACCGUCGAGUAACGAAUUAUCGAAGAAAUUAGCGAACGAUUUUUUCAACAUUUUUUCAAAUUGCACUCGACACCAUUAUCGAGCCAAGGAUUUUUAUGCUCCAAAAUUAAUUUAAAAUGAUUCUUCUCCUUUUUUUUUUAGAUUUUUCCCUCGCGUGAUAAAUGAUUCGAACGAGAGCUCUGGUCAAAGAGGCUCUCUCUCUCUCUCUCUCCUCCCCCCUCCCCCUAUUUCAUUUGCGAUGAAGUGGUUCAAUGGAAAGAUUGUUCGGCAUUGUGCUUUCUUCCGAAAAUAGUCUCAUGGCCAAAGGGUUAGUCGACGGUCUUUGUUCCCUUGGUGGGAAGCAGUCGCGAAUCGAGCCAUAUGGCACGAGAAACGGCAAGCCAUUUUCGUUCCAACCUGGAAAUAGAACUUUCGAUAUUUCGCACGUGCGCUCGCUGCAACUCACACGGCGUCUGCUAGCGAAGCGACACUGCGCAUGUACGGACAGUCAAUCAGCUGUUCGACGCCAUCUUUUGCUCCCAGCUGAGGCUGCUCGACGCUACGCUCAGCUGACCUCGUCGCUGAUACGAGCCCCCAGUACAGUCAGGAUCGUACCUAGCUAGGGUUCGGAUGGGUCCUCUUCCAUGUGUUCUGUUAUAUCCAUCAUUCAAAUCAUUUCGUCAUUUUUUUCUUUCUUCAUCACAUACAUAAGGUAACGAACAUUAUUUUUAUUUCUUUAUUGAACAUUUCUCUCUCUCUCUCUCUUUUUCUCUCCUCUUCCCUUUAUCGAUUAUAUCGAUUGAAAGAAAAGAAAAAAAUUCGCAUUUCGCACGCAAGAUUCGCGGGACGAUGAAACGAUAUAAAAUCGAUGUAAAAUCAAGUAAGACGUUCACAGAUUUAAAAUGUCAGCCGCAAACGGCGGUCAAUCGUGAGUAUUCGUGUAACAAGAAUCCGAAAGCGAUAAAUCAUGAGGUCGUAAAGUCGCAUCGAUGCUUGGUUUAUUACGACUAGACAGAAGUUUCAUUGUCGUUUUUCUUUCUCGGGGAGAGGAGAGAAAGAGACAGCGUAUUUACCAGAGCGAAUUUAUUUACGCAAUCAUUUUACACACGUUUUCCCCGCGUUUGCGUACGCGCACACGUUUUCCUUUCCAGAAUACGGAUAAAUUAUAAUCUAAUCGCAACAAACAUCGUACCCGACGAAAGAAAAUUCGCGCACGUUUCGCGAGAUUCGUUUCGGGCGAUGGAAACAGUGGAAAUGCUCGUUUUAGGGCCGACACUGUGUGCAACUUCACCGUGUGCAACACGGGACAAAGAGGCCUCGACCCGGGCAGGGAAAAAAAGGAUAAAGAAUAGGCGAUGUGCGAGCAGAGUCGAUAAGUCAGCCGACGCGCGUGUAUCUACUAUUCGAUCGAUAAACAUUAGCCUUGACAUGAUAUCCAGAGGACCGCUCUUUCACCUCGCCUCUUUUACUCGACUAGUUCCUACCUCCACCGCCGUUUCUUUUCCCAGUUAACACCGGGACAUGUAUCUCCGAGUGUCCGCGCUCCUCUUUGUCCGCUCUCGUCGGCUCUCUUGAUCAAUCGCCACCAAUUUUUCUAUCCUGAUCGAAAUUUUGACCAAUUUGAGGAGGGGGAGGGGGGAAUCUUGUCUCGAUCGAAAUCUCGCGAGAACGUACGCACGAAGUGUAGAAAUAGAUGGAACGCGAAGUUUUCAUUGAUAAUUGGGAAAUUACCGAUUAUCCGUAUUAUUCCGUAAAAGUAAAUGGAAAACGAUCGCGUUUGAUCGCGGCUGGCGAUUAUAUAAAUGGAAAUCUAGUACGAAAGGAAGCUUGAGGUCUCUACUCUCACUGUUCAAUUAUAUAAUUUCCCUGCUCGGUUCCACGAUUUUUCAUAAUUAACAUUUUACUCGGUGGAACUCGGUGAUUACGGCUCUCCCGUAAAACUGGUUGGGGAACUAUUAAUCAAUUUGUGUUGAUGGGAUUGUUGAUGAGAUUUCAUGAUCUCUUAAUCGUUCGGUCGGUAUCGAAUAUACUAGUGCUCGUUUUAGAGGAGUGGCAGCUUUAGAAAACGAAGACGUUCCGAUUACGACCCGCGUGUCCACCGUGUCUCUGGAAAUAGAAAUAGAAGCUCGCUCGAAUCGCUCGAAUUUCAAUGUCCUACCGAACACGCGCGUUCCGCGUUGUAACUCGAUAACGGGUUUUCGCCAACUUUUAACGCGCUUUUCUUCAAAAUUAAUCGGAAAAUCGAUCCUCUAUUGGAGCGUGGAAUAUUCUUCUCGAAUGGAAUGGGGAAGGGGGGAGGGUGCUCAAUUUUGGUGUCGGUUUAGGGUCAUCCACUAGGCUCGGUUUGCUUUUUCAGCACAGAUUUCACUCGCGGCUGUUUAAUAUACAUGACUCCGUGUGUGCAACAGCUGCACACGCGAGACCCUCUAACGCUUCUGGAAAUAGAAAGUCAUUCGCAAGGUGGAUGGUUAAACUAUUGUGCCAUUAGACGCUAGCCAAAGUGCAAUGCGAUUCUCAAUUUGUCAUUAGCUGGCAUUUCGCGGAUGAAAUUUUCCCGUUGCGCAACGACUCACCUUCUCCUCCGUUGGAUUCGUUGAAUUUUCUUCUUUCUUUCUUUCUUUCUUCCUUCCUUUCUCCCCUCCUUUCUUUCCUUCUUUCCUCUCUGCUCGAGAAGCCGCUUCGCUUUCAGCUCGAGCAAGCAACCACGAGAAGAAAUCCUUCUCGAGCGAAUCUCUCUCUUGGGCUCACCCCAAGCGCGAUUCAACCUCUCCGAGCAAGUGUUCCCGAGUGCAUUGUACUUUGUUCUCCUGGUAUCUGAACCUUUCCACUGUUUGCAAUUGUGGCGAACGAAGGCCGACGUUCCCUGUAAUAAUAUCUCGCGGACGAAGAUUUGCGUUUCUUUUCUCUUGUUAUCGCGGUGCCGUCAAUAUUAGACUUCUUUUAACGUUUAUUUAUAUCUCGAAAGACGGUACGACUAUUAGGGAGGGAGGGGGAGAUCGAGGGUAAUCGUUGUUUGGAGAAAUAAAAGGGGAGGGGAGGGAAGAAAACGAAAAAUUGUUAACACGGAGCAAUGAAUCACGAUUAACGCCUGAAGUUGAUUGGUCCAUGAUUCAUGGAGAAGGUGGGGAAAAGUUGGCCGUAAAGGCGAGGUAAUUGCGUAAACGACGAUUUCCCUCGAAGAGGCGGAAUAUAAUAAUAUUAUAAUGGACGAAACUCGGUUGGCGGAGGCUGAUGUCUUUCGAUCGUUUGGUACUAGGCUCGCUCUCGAAACCCACACUCGGUCCCCGCACGUAUGGUGUGGGUCAUAAACCGCAUAACGAGGGAACCAUUAAGCAUCCGAUCCGUUCUGACAGUGAAAAAAUAUUAUCCGUAAAGAUUCCUUUCCUGUCGCGUGGAUCGACGGACGGGACGAACCGAGCCGAAUCGAAGAGUAAACCGAACAGUGUCCCGUUAAUUCUUAAAAUCCAAGUCUUAAACAAUUUGCGCGUAAAAAAAAAUGAUGCUGUUUGCGAAGCUUAUGCGUGCAAACACAAUCACAAUACGAGUAUAAAUUUCGCGGUAGCGACGAGAAAAAUAAUAGAAUCCGUUAUCGAAGCAAGGACGUCUCGUUAUCUCGAACAACACUCUCCGAUUGUCUGGUUUGCUCGAUCGUGUCAAAAUAAUCGAGGCGACGAUCGGAUGAUACGGAUUAUCUUUGCGUAAUCGAUGUAUAAAAACGUAUCUACGUUUGUACGUUUUUAUUCGAGCAAAGAUACCAGACGAUCCGAUAUCUAUUCUUUCACAAAAAUAACGUCCUACUACGUCGUUAUUACGUGUCGCAUUGAGCGAGGAAAGGAAACGAAUGGGAAGGGCAUGGUUAGUUGCAAAUUGGUAUAAUUAAGUUACACUGUGCAGCCUGUGCGCGUCACGAUUAAAUAUGGAACGAAAUUAAAUUCAUCGCGAUAUUCGAUAAGGCAAGAAUGGUUCCUUUUCAAGUUCGUUCGUUGGGGGAUCUUAUAUACCUCGAAUAAGAGCUACGAGAUUAAAAAGAUUAUGCUAAGAGCGUAUCUCUCUCUCUCUCUCUCUCUCUCCCUGCAUCGAUCAAAACGAAUCGAUGUACUCGGAAUAGAACGAGUUGGUUUCGCAAUGUGGAAGCUAGAAAAGGGGCGAGAGUGGAGAUUUUUCGUUGGAAAUCGAAGGGAAAAAAAUAGAGGCUAGGAGUUAAUUGAGGAUCGAGCAGAUGCUUUCGAAAAGGGUCGUAGCGUCCCUCGAUUUUUGUAGUCCCUUUAAAUUUGUUGUUGUGUCACGUCCGCAGCCACGGUCUUCUAUAUCCCCCGGUGCACGUGACGAAAGAAAACAAGGUGCAGUCCGGCCGGUGCAGCGGGUUCGAGGUUUCCUGAACGGUUAGUACACGUCUUUAGGGACGAGCUGUUCGCCUGCUCCGGGAGGCAAUCAAUGGAAACGCGCGCUCCUUGUUGACAAGUCCGUUUCUCGAUCCAUUAUUCUCCGUAAAAGGGGUUACAUUUUCGCAACGGUCGAAAUUCGCUCGGGGAUUUCGAAUGUUUCCGCUUCGGAUAAAGACACCCCCCGUUCGCUAUUGUUUUUGGAAGAGAAAAAAGAAGAAAAAAAAGGAAUGGAUUCGUCACCGUUACUCACUCACGCGUCGUUUUUAUUACGCAACCGCGACGAAACCGUGGAAGGUAGAAUUAAUUUCGUCCGUCGCUUCGUUCGAUAUUCCCUUCGAAAUUCUAUACCCGAGAUUUUUCUUUUGCAAUUUCGUUUUAAACCGAGCACGACCGAACACUUCCUACGCCGUUCAAUGGUCGGAAUGGUUAUCGACAGAGGAGAAUAUUGCGGAGGAAAAGGAAAAAGAAAAGAGGAGGAGAAAAAAAAAUGCAUGCGAGUGUGGGUAGAUUGCACAAUUGUUUUACGAAGCAUGAAUUUAUCGUGCGGCAAAAAGAAGAAGCGUAAAUGCGGCCGGAGAGGUGCUCGUAAUUUAUGUUAUCGAAUGGGAAGAGGCGAUAACUGGUUUCAAGCUUUGAGUAAUGACCGUGAAACCGUGAUGGGGAUAAAAAGAAGCUUGAAGCAGAGAGACGUAGAAUCGAGGAUAGGCCAAUCAAAGGAGGGUAUCGGACGAUUGUAAAAAUAAUAUCAGAAUUUAAGGAACGAGGUCAGUUCUUGUUGUUCUCUCGUUGUUCAAUCAAUCUCGGAUUUUAUUUCCAUAUAAAUCGCGUAACAGAAUAAUCGUCGAAGACAACGUGAUAAAUAAGGAUUUAUUUAUAAUCGCGGCUAUAUCGCUUCGCAACUUGAUCAAUCUUUUGCGAGGAAAGAUUUUUACUUACUUCUCUGGUUAAUUAAAAAAAAAGAAAAAAAAGAGAAAUUAAAUAAUAGAAGAUUACGUCUUAUCGGUAUCGCCUAUUAAAACAGAGUAUAAUAAGAGAAAAUUAAUCUCGGCGAUAAUAAAUUUUUUUCUCUGAAUUGAAGAUAUAGAAAUUGGCGAGAAAUACGAAAGAUUUGCUGUCCAGAUUGCACAGAGAGUUUUCGAUUAAUCGAACAACUCGACUCUUCACCGUUUUCGCAUACGUAAUCAGGCGUUCUUUGUCUCGUUUGGUUUUUUUCGAUGCCGCCAGAGUUCUUCAACCUUCUGGCAAUUCCCUCGAAAUCAGAGGGGUGAGUCGACCAUGUCUAGACGCGGCAAAACCGACGACCCUUUUCUCGAAGGACGAAGGGGGAGCGAUGAUACCGAUUCGUCGAGGUUUGCUUCGUGGAGAAAUUAUUAUCGAGAUAAAUAUUUCGCUUGAAAAAUUCUCCGAUUCCCCGAACUCUGAAUUAAGAUUUUGAGAGGGAAUCAUCCUCGAAAACUUAUUAUUUCUUGUUAAAAGGUUUUAUUACUUUGAGGAUGGCGAUUAUCUCUCAACGAGUUUUUGUUUAUUGGCGGAAAAAGCAAUUCCAAAGAUCGUAUUCGAUCCUUCAAUGCCAGAAACAAUGUUAAGCCGUUAAUAGCCUACGUUGAAGAAUGGCAAUUGACCUCGAAUAUUCACUCUUAACACCGAUGUCCAUUAGCGAAAGUAACUAUCGAUAGUAUUCAUGUCUCGAUCUACGAAAUCGGACGCGUGGACAUGUUCCAUUGUGCUGUAUAAUUCCAAUUCGUAUAUUUCAACGAUACACGAGAAAUAAACUUGUUGAAAGGAGUAAAAGAAUAUUCAAAUGUUCGAUGCAAUUUAUCCUCUUUUUCGCGGCGAGCAGACACCUAUCUUCCUGGUGACUGGAUGCGCCAUGGAAAUAAGAAAAAUCGCAAUUUCCAGUUCGAAUCUCUGUUGGAGGAGCUUGUCGACGCGUGACGUAGGAAGAUUUAUAGGAUUGCUUCUCGAGACAGUUCGCAAUCGUUUCAGCCUUUGCGACUGAUUGUACAUAUAUACAUAUAUAUACAUAUUCGAGAAAACGUUCGCAUAAAAGAGAAUAUCCUGUUCAAUGCUUGUUCCUCGUUUAGCUCUUAAUGGAAAAUAGGAAACUCUAAAAUAGGGGAUUAAAAUUUAGAACCCGUUAUCCUUUCUUUCGGUACUGGAAGUAAGAAUAGGAACCUUAGGCAAUUACCGUAGGAUUCCCCGGGAAGCGAAUAAAGCAAACAGCGAGGAGAAUAAAGAAGAGGAGAAGGCACUUUCUUUUACGGAAGGUAGAAACGCUUUUAGAUUUUAGUAGAGAGUGUUUUAUAGCAUUGGACGUGCGUGUUUAGAGGCGUAUUGAUUGGCGGGUAUCUUAACGAGCUAAUUGGUAAUGGGCUAUGAUGGGAACAGAAGACGGUCUCUUCCCGAUCAAUGAUCCCCUUCAUCGAGCGUGUAAACACGAACGAUUAUAGAAGAAAAUUUGCACUUUACGUGCAAAUAAUGCAUCCGGCCGCUCGGUGAUAAGCUCGCAUUGCCAUUUCAGAGGGAGAGGCGGUUGCGAGAUUCUUGGAGCGAUUUUCGUAACGCUUUGCCCUCGUUUUCCGAACGAUUCGCCUAUUCAGGAUUAUGGCGAGUUACUUUUUUUUUAUGCUUUGAUUGAUUUAAAAAAAUACCUUGCCUCCGAUAAUUCAUUCUCACGCGAUGCGUGAUUCCAUUCGGAUUCUAUCUAACAAUAUUAUUAUUAUUAUUUAAGAUUUUUGGAGAAUCAUCCUGCGAUGAUGAAGACGCAUCACGAGAAAGAGAUCGAUAAAAAUAGCAAUUUUAAGGAAAGGGGACGAUAAAAAAGAGAGGAAGGGGGAGGAUAUACGCAACAAAGACGAAGGAACGAGUUAGAGGCCUCGUGAAAAAAGUAAACAGGCCGUGAAACGGCGUGCAAGUGGUUGAAAUUAAUUCCCGCUCGUUUUCUUUUCCUCGAUUCUAAUUACUUAUCCGAGUAAUUUCGCAAAAGAAAAAAAAAGAAAAGGAAAAGAAAUUCUUUUCCAUGCCUGUUAGAUUUCGCGAAAAGCUUCCGGUUCGCGGUGUAAAAUGAAAGGGAAACGCGAGCGCGUGGUCGCCUUUGUGCCAUUUGCUGCUUUCAGUUCGCACGGAGAGGGGAACGGGAAUAAAACAACAGCUAGCUAGCUAGCUAGCGGAUCCUCUGCAUUUUUUAUAUCCGUUGCCAGCUGAUAAUUCCACGCUUUCCACGUAUCCGGUUAAAAAACUGGAAACGCCUGUUAAAUCGUGGGACAUUUAUUGCCCCUGAAAAUCGUGCUUUCCCUUUAAUGAAACGAUUAACGAUACGCAUACGUUCCCGAUUCACGGCCUUGUUUAUUUAAAAAAACCGUGCUUUCUAAUCCAACGCCGCGAUCGAGUUCAACUCGCGUGGUGAACUACGUGUUAACAAAUUUUACUUGUUCCACGCUCGAUUAUCAUAUAUAGCAGUCGAGAACCUGUAAUUUCCAGUUUCAUUUGCUCUCCUGAUGCCAGUUCGUGACCAAUUAUUUCGGCAACAAGUAGACAUUUUUACAGAUUUAUUUUCUACGAUGCGUUAGUUUCUCCGAUCUGUCCGGAUUCGAAGAAGAAUAUUAGGCGAUCUUUUUUUUUUUAUUAAUUAUCCGACAUCGUGUCUUCGACUAAAAAUUGUAUUCAGAGGAUCGAUCCUACGCUGAACGAUUUAUAAAUAAGGGAAAAAUUGAUGGAGAAGAUGGUACGACAAAGAGGUUAUUGCUCGUCGUAUACGGGAUAAAAUCGUUUCUAUGGAAAUGAAAAGAGAUAGCUUGAAGGAAGAAAGUAUUUUACGUCUGUUUUUAAUUUGCAUAAAAAAAAAAAUCGUCUUAGUUAAUAGAAUUAGUAAGGUAGGCAACCCUGGAAGCCGUGUAAUUCUGUUAAUGCGUUUUACACACGCGUUUCAACCUUUUUAAAUUUCACGCUUCGUUGUCCUAUACAUGCAAAAGUUAAUGCGCACUUCACGUUAUCCCCCGUGUAUACUUUGCCUCGUCUUCUUCUUCUCGUCGAGGAAUUCGAUCGAGCAUAAAGCUCGAUACGUAUAUACACACGCACAAAUAUAUAUAUAUAUAUAAUAUAUAUAUAUAUAUAUAUAGAUAUUUUGCAGAAGCGUGUUCAUUAGAAAGUCCCCAUUUCUAUAAAAAGAGCUUGCCCUUAUCGAAUCGUAAAUCGUGGACAAAUGAGUGUCAAUCCAUCAUACGACAAUGCGACGUAUCGGAAUGUAAUACAAUAAACCGACAAUGGAGGCGAAACGUCCCCACUCUCCCUCUCUUAUCUUACCCAGAAGUCGUGUAUAAAAGUUCCCAGUACCUUUUUUAUUAUCAAUAUCUAGAAACAACGUCGUUCGAUCCUUCCUCCGUCACGUCUGUGCACACUGUGCUCGAGGACACCGAUAUCUUCGCUUCGAACUAAUGUAAGCUAUAUGAGUAAUUCCAUCUGCAAUAUCCGGCAUGCGAAUAAUGAUAAUUGAUAGUCGUUUGGUUACAUAUAAUAAGAGUUACUCCAAGUUUGUUGCUCGAAAUAAAGUCUCGAGUAAAAUCUUCCAACAUACGAAUUAAAGAUUCGCACGGGUUAUUUUCGUAAUCCAUCGCUGCCAAUUGCUCUCGUCCGCUUUCUCUCUCUCUUUUUUUCCCUCCAUUGUCUUCAAUCAACCGGCCGAAUUCUUUGGAGAAUUUCCAAAGAUCGGAUUUAUUGGAAAUGCGGGACGAUCAAUUAAAGGGAGAGUUUGAAUUUUAAUUCGAUUAGGGAAAUAUUGCCGUUAUAUAACAGGGGGUUAGAAAAUAUGCAAUUUUGCCGGAACGAUUCUCGGCAGCUUGUUUACUCCAUGGUGGAUAAUACUGGCGCCAACAGGCCGAUGUUUUCUCAGCUGGACCAGCACGGUGCAUUCACACCGUGCUGCACCAGAAGCGCAUCGCCCUUUCCCUCAGUCUCCCGUGUCGCCGGUGCACGGCCUCGUAGCUUCGACGACCUCAGCCUUUUUUUAUUCCGCAAGCCCUUCUUCCCCCGCCUUCCUCCCCCCUCAUGCUUUUGCGAAGGUCUUCCUCGAGGUUCGAACGGCGUGCGAACCCUCGGCCAAGUCAAAACCGUUCUCUUUGAUCGCGCGAUGAAAAUUUCACUUUGGCUCACUUUCGGCCUCUCGAGUCUCUAGAAAUUGCGACCCUCUGAACCGUGCUCCUCUCUACGGAGUACCCGAGCAUACCGGCAGCUUUUUCUAUUAUCAUCUUUCGUCGUUUGUAUCAUUGACGAAAAAAAAGUCUCUUCGCUCGUUCUUCGAACUGGAACCCGAUAUUGCUCUGGAAGAGUGUAUAUAUAUUAUCUCCUGUUCGUUCCUCGGCGAUCGAUCGGCUGGAUUACGCUUACAGCUUCCAUCGUGAGUUUUGGAAUCUGCGUUCGUCGACUUGCUUUCGUCUCUCGGUCAAGAGCUUUCCAAGAUUCAUGGUUUCUCUCCUGGCCAACUUAUUCCCCCGGAUUUGCUCGAAACGACUAAUUAUACGAGAAAACUCGGGCUGGCUACACCACUAACAGGAUUCCAACUAGCGGAUUAUCGACUCUGUUCUCCAGACUAUCUGACGACGCGAUUAAGAAGCGGUAUAAAGCAACUUUUUUUUAAUCGCAAGUGGAUUUAGACAAGGAACCGGUAUCGUUUCGAGAUGAAGAUUUUCUUUUUUUUUAUUCCAAGCUCGAAAAACUUUAUUCUUUAAUCGAUCGAUCAGGAUUUAUUUGCUCGAUACGAUAUAUCUGGACGUUGCCUCUUAAUCCUUGUAGCUCGUCUCUCAAAGGACUUUGCCAAGGGUUGCGAACUUUUUGCGCAUGACACCCGAGUACGAUCACCCUCGUGGAGCCCCACAAGCUCUCCCUCGUACACAGACCCUCGACACGUACGAGUCGAGGCUAGUGUUGGAGGCCGCGCUGUUCUUUAUUCAAAUUCCUCAUCGUGGCCGCACGAGUCGAGCCUGCUCUUUCUUUCGCGUCCUGAUCGCGAAAAGUCCCAACUCGAGUGCGGUUUAUAUAUCGUUUCCUUUGUCCCCUGGAACUGGAUGUGCAAGCAACAAAUCCGCGUGGGAUAAGGAGGCGAAUCGUUGAUUAUUAAGUCGAGGAGUGUUGUAAGAACAGUUUCAACAGAUUAUGAAAGCUUUCCUCCCUUCGAUCUCGAUUUCUCUUCGAUGCCUGUCGACACAAUUCUCAAUUUAUUCUCGUUGGCACGUGUUUCGCGCGCAUCGAAAGGAUCGAGAAAUCUCGUUCGGAUCUUGCAACAAACGGAACGAAGAAUUUUGCGAGGAGGAGGAUAUCAAGCGAGGGGAACGCGUUGCUGCAGUUUUGGAAAAGAAGGGAUCCUGAAUAUUUAUCUCGAUGUAUUUGUCUCGAUUUCUCGUUGAAUCCAUCUCGAAAAAUCGAUCAACGUUUCCCGAGAAAAUUUUCGCGUUUUCCAUGGAAGGAAAGGAGCGGAUGGCGUGUUUCUGUGUUGGUUCGCUCGAAUGCUGAAACGCUUGGAGAAAAGCGGCGAGGAAGCCAAUCCGGUUGGUCGCUUUCGCCGCAUAUGGCGGCGGGCAAAGUUAUAAAUAAUGCCCAUCGCCCUCCUGCGUAUUCACCUUUACAUAAUGACCGGGAGAGGACGAAAUCUUGGUUCGGGUGAAAAGAAACGGGAGAAAAACCGUGGUGGUUACCGAUUUUCAGCCUCGGAUGAGUCUCACGUUUAUUAUCCUUGUUUGUAAUUGUAAUCGUCCGAUUAUUAUCUUUCUUAUUUGCUUUGGCUUUGAACAAUGGGAUCUCGUCGAAAGGUUCGAAAGAUUCUCCCUUUGUUGUCGUGGACUUUGAUAAAAGGAAAAAGGAGGAUUUAGAUUAAGCGAUGAAUCAGUGGAGAGAGGGAGGGGACAAAAGAGUGUGAACAAACUAUUUUGUUCGUGAUUCACGAAGGAAAAGGCAAAUAGAACUGUGACUAGGCAUGGCCAUUUUCGUUGGAAAACGGAAUGAUCGGCACGGAGAGAGCGGCAAAGUUCGUUUCCUCGAUAAAGACGCCGCUAAAGAGAAAAGUUACAGUACCUGAACAAGGUUCGAAGCAUGAUACGUGGUGGUGGUGGUGGAGGUGGUGGUGGUGAGCUUAAGAUUAACGAUAGCGGAGGUCGUGCGCGAAUCGUUCCAGUUUUCAUUCCCCCGAGAGCAGCUCUCGAAAAUGUCGACGAUCCUGUUGCAGUGCGUUGGAAAUUGCUUCCACAGAAGGAGAAUGCGCACAGGUAUGCACUGCCUAGGCGCGGUGACAGGAGGCAUUCCCAGCCCAAAUGGGGUUGGCGGUCGGGGUGGCAUUCUUAGCAUGUUCCGAGCCCUUGGAGUCCUAGUGUGCGAGGGGAGGAUUCAGGGCCCUCCACGUGGUUACAAAGAGGGCCCACAUUGUGCAGCUCCUACGCAGACGGUGCCUAACGACCAUGUGUGCGAGGAAGAUAAUUACCUGUGCGAUCGAUAUCUUGUGCUGGUCCGAGAGAUCGCGGACCGUGUUGCAAUCGGCUCGUUCCUGUGCAUCGAGGUAGUGUUGUGCAGCAACUGUCCAUGCGGUUUGGCGAAAUGUACGAACAAGAAUCCGAUCUGCACCGUGCCGUCCUUAUCAAUUUCACCAUGGCAACAAGCGUCGGAGAUGCUGCUGGAGUAUUGGUGUGUUUGCGUCGUUCCUAGCAAGAGUCCGGAGACCAUGAACUUCUACGGAUUAUAUCAGGCAGUUCGUUCGCGACUUCACUUCAGCCAAGUCGCUGCUUGGUGGUCGAGGAGCAACGGUACCGAUCCCAGUUACAUCGUGACGAGAAUGGUGCCCUACAACGAAGACAAUCUGAGAAAGUUUCGUGAAACCCCCGUGGAGCACACGUUCCCUUUGGCCGGCAACAGUGAUGGAAAUUCCAUAAAAGUCACCGUGUGGGCACUGCCGAGGAUGGAGGAGGUGCCGGUUCUCACCUGCCCGUUGCACCCGAUCAAAGAGAAAGACGAGGAGGGUGUCGCGAGGGCUUUGACACCCACCAAGGCUAUCCCGGUUUCCAGCGCUCCGCAAAAUCCUGAAGGCCUUGUUUUGCCUGCUUUAGUGGACGACAGACUGCAGACGCCUUGCAACAAACCUGGAAAACAUCAUUGUCCGUGCGAGGAGGAGGACAUUCCACCACCAUCACCAGUGAUUUCAAGACAAAACCGCGAGAGGAAACGUCGCCGGUCCCUUCCCUGUGGUCCUACGGAUACGAACAAUUGCGUGACGAUUCAACCGAUAGCUCUGCCCUCGGUGCAGGAAACUGUAACGCAAGAGAUGAAGGAUGGUCAGAGUUCGAGCUAUCCGAAAUGCCCGUCCGAGAUCGUGAACAAUCGUAGCGUCAAGUCUGUUGUGCAGAAUCAGAACAAGUUGGAGGAGAACGCCAUCAGGAAUCGUAAGAAUUUGAACGCUGAUAAUCUAGAGCGGUGCUUCAAGACGCAGCUGAACAUCGACGGGCGGGAAGGGAACAUGGAGAAGCGGUACAAGCGAACGAUCGAAGAAUCCGAAUUGAAGUCGAAUUGCAAGGAGAAACAGUGCAAUUUGGAGAAGAAGCACAAGGAGACGGAGAAGUCUACGGAGAAGAAUGGAAUAUUCGAGAAUUUGAUACCGUUCAAUUCCUCGUUGCCUUGGUCGUUCGUCGAAUCUUGGAAUAACAGCAACGCGAACGGAAAGUGCGCUUUUCAGAGCUUGCGCGGGAACAGGGAAAGUUACUUCAACGAUUCUGAGAGGAUCAGCAAACCGCCAGUAAACAAGGAUUCGAGCCUCGUGAUCAACCCGUUUAGGCAACCUAGUCCGUUCCACGAAUCAAAUCCCGGUCCUUCGACGAAUAACCGAUUCAAGCAAGAUUCCUUCAACUCCUCUUGCAUGGUGCAUCAAAGUGCGAAAUCGUCGAACAAAUUAUCCAGCUCCUUCGAAGCGAAUCCUGGACAGGAAGCUGUGGAGGAAGUCAACAAUAGGGGGAGGCCUGGGAAGGAUUUGAGCCAGUUGAUAUCGAAACUGUCGUUCCCCGAGGAUAAGGACAAGUCGAAGGAGGAAGGAGGCUUCUUGGAUUGGUUCAGCAAAGUUCCUGGACGAGUGCUCGGGGUCGCGCCGACCAGUGGCUUCGUGGAGAACAAGGUGAAAGCGACAAACUUGAAGAGUCAAGAGCAACAGCACGGGAACGAAGUGAGAUUUAAAAACUGCAACUUGGAGUUGAGUCAGCAGGAAUUCGACGAGGUUCUGGCUGUUUUGAGGGCUCGUACACCGUCAGAGCGGAAGAGGACGAGUAUCAGGACGAUGAAGAAACGGGAGAAGUUGGAGAAAUCCGUGGAGGAUGGAUCGGACAAAUCGAUAGGGAAAUAUGCGAAUUUGGAAAGCAUCGAGUGUUCGACGAACAACAUAGUGAACCGUACGAAGGCCUGCGAGGGUUGUAACCACAAGUUGUGCAGGAAAAAUGACCAACAAGCUUUAGAGAAGACCAAUUUCGUUGAAAUUUAUGGCAAUAAGAAUAUUUAUAAUCCUCAGAAACGCGAGAAGCUCGAGAGCGACGACUCGAACGAGGAUCUGCAGCCGAUCAAAUGCAAUAAUAAUUCGGAGAAACGGACGAACGACGCUAUGGACUGUUUGCAGAACGUGUCGAACAAAGCAGACAUAUUAUUGGGAGCAAUUUUACGAACCAGCAAAGACCGAGGGAAUCUAACGGAGAUUCCGAAUGGGACCAAAUCGAGGUCCGUGUUGCCAACGGCCAUCAACGAAACGGAAAGCAAUCGAAAUAACGUGGCUUGCGAGAAGAGCAGGAGUCAGGAGCAGAAAAGCGUGGCGUUGGAGGAUGAGAAGUUCCUGUCUAUGGCGCUCAACAAGAAGUUUAAUCGGUUCCGGCAACUGUUCAAAAAGGAGCAAGAGAAAAAAGUUCCUGCAACGACAGAGGACAAUUCUCAAGACGCGAUACAAUACUUAGGCCAACGUUCGUUCCCGUACAACAAUGUCCAGCCCAGCCUGCACGAUCCAAAAAAUUUGAGGGAUAGCAAAGCGAAGAGGAGAAUAGACUUCUCAAACUUUGCCGGAGAGAGAGAGGCGGAGAAGCGCGACGCAAGACCUGAUCCUUCGGAGCUUAGUACAAAUGGCGCACAUCAAAAUUCACGAAUCUAUUAUAGUACAAAUUACAAAGAGGACAACGGCGACUACGACGAAGUCGAGAUGUCCAAAUGGCAAAAUAGACUGCAUAGUACAAACGUGGAUGAUGGGGUGACGGAGCUCGACGAUGAAGAGGACGAAACUGUAUCUUUGAAACUUUGCAAGGAUUCUGUUUCGAAUGUCGGGAAGAAAAUUCGGAACUGCAAUCUCGGCAAAGACAUCGUCACGGAUGACGACGAAACAAUGGACAAGGCUGUACCCACUGCCAUCGAGCAAGAGAGAUUUCGCCGUUCCUUGGAGAACGCGGCUUCGAUGGUGUUUCACAGUAGAACAGGCUUGCCCUUGACGUCCAGUCCAGCUCCGUUGAGGAGAGGCAGCUGUUGCUUCGAUUACGAUAGCAGUCUGAAUUCUGUCUCCUCGAAGAGAAGCGCUCUGUUCGAAUUGAACACUCCGCCGAGUCCCGGCGCAGUGUCUUUGGAAGAGGCUGAUCGAGAGGCCGAGAAUGCAGGCGAAGGGGAGGAAACACCGAAAAGACGCUCGACUUCCCGCAGUAGACCGCAAAGUCACGCUCUUCUAGGCAGCUUCGAGGAAUCGGCUUUGAACGGUAGACUCGAACCAGUGUCGACCGUUCACGGUUUCACGGCGGAAUUGGGCGCCAGUGGUUCCUUCUGUCCGAAACAUCGAAAGCUUCCAGUCACUGUGUUCUUCUAUACGCUUGGUGACAAUGAUAAAGUUUCCACGCCCUAUCUCGCACAUAUUAAUUUGGGCAAAAAGGGCUAUCAAGUACCGAGAAGCGGUACUAUCCAAGUAACGCUUCUCAAUCCUUUGGGUACAGUCGUUAAAAUGUUCGUAGUACUGUACGAUCUUUCAGAUAUGCCACCACGAUCUCAUACUUUUUUACGUCAGAGAACAUUGCGGGACAAAACACUACGCUACCUCGUACAUCUUAGAUUUAUGUCCGGUAAGUCAGGCCGAAUUUACUUGCACACGGACAUUCGUAUGAUUAUUUGUCGCAAGUCCGAUGUGGACACAGCGUCGGAUUUCGGGUCAGAACCACCAAAGGAAUUACGAAGCUACAUCCAUGGCCCUACCAAUCCGAAAUUUUCGCCAAGGUGCUGAGCCACAUGGCUCUUUCCAUGGGGUUGUUGUCAAUCACUCCGCUCGCCUAGUCCCCUUUGCGCAGAGGUUUAACAGAGAUCAAUUUUUUUUUUUUUUUUUUUUUGAGAAUUCGGAGACAGAUCUUCCCUUUGGGAUUCGAUGUUGAAAGAAAAAGUAUGAAAGUUGAGAGAAACGAGUAGCAUUUGCAAAAAAAAAAUUCUGGAUCUUUGUAAAAGGAAGGAAAAAGAACCUUUGUGGAAAUGGUCUUCUCGAGAGGAGGAAAGAAGAUUGUAAAAAGGAUGGUUAAGUCGAGAAAAAGAUUUUAUAAUGAGAUCAUGCUUCGCAAAAAAGAAAAAAAAAGAAAAAAAGGAAUGAAAGAAGUAUCAUCAUAUUUUGAGAUGAUUUUCGAGAAACACAAGAAAAAUUUUGGAGAACACAAUUUGAGCAAUUUCUGAAGAAAGUUUCAAAAGAAAAGAUUGUUUUUUCGCGAAAAAAAUAUUUCAGAGAUGAGUAAGGAGCAAGGCAUACUAAGGGGACUAUUUGAAUAUUUGCCAUUUCAGUACGAAUUGUUUUGCUUAUUGUUAAACUCAAACUUAUUUUUUCUUUUCCAUUUAUUGGUAAUAUUAUUUUUUUAACGCGAAAAACAAAGCGUGUGUUAAAUGUUUAUUUAUGAAGAUCGUCUUUGGUUUUAAUUUCAUUAAUGGAUCGAAAUUUUUAGUUGAAUUAAAGUUGAUCGUUUUUCGUUGAAAUUAAUUUACGCGCUCCAAUUGCGUCUUUGAAUUUUUGGCGAAGAUUGCCGAUUUGAAUUUUUGUCUUUCAUAUUUAUUGCGAUAGAACGUGUACGUUCUGUUUUUUUUUCGAAUGGAAACUAAUAAAGUUUCUAAUUAUUCGAGUUCGUCAAUUUAAUUAUAAGUUGGACGAUCUCCUUGGAAGGCCAUCUCCUCAAUUUAUUGUUGUAAAUAUAAGUCAUAUGUAAAGUCGAAUAAGAAUUUUUUAAAAAGGGAUGAUACUGUCAUGUGUGUGUAGCACCAUAGAGAAAAAAAAGAAAAAAAAGAAAAAGAAUGAAAGAAAAAAAUAAGUGAUACGAGCAUAGAAAAUAUCAAGAAUCGGGUCUCUCGUUGACAUCAAAGGUAUCCUCAAACUAUUGUACAAAAGAUGAACAGAGAACUAUGUGAUCUAGAAAAUCUAGAAGUUUAAAAUGUAAUUUAAAUAGAUGCCAUUUAUCGAUUCGUUGAUAUUUUUCAAGAAGAAAAUUGAAAGGCGAUUAGUAUCGUCGUUUAUUUUAUUAAAAAAAAAAGAAAAAAAAAACAAUACAAGGAAGAAGAAAGAAAAGAAAGGGAAAACGUGGAGAGAGAGAGAGA